AAUGCUUUUGCAGAUCUAUGUAUUUUACCAGAAAUUCCAGUUUUUUUUCCCUGAAGACAGUUGUUUAUAAUAUUUGGCUGGGAUUUGCAACUCUACAGACAAUCUAAUCUUUGCAAGACAAGCUUGCAAAUUUUAGAUUUAAUCCGAACACGCCUUCUGUUGCAUUAGGAGGAUUGGUUACAUUAGCUGUUUCCUUUGACUGCAUUGAUGGAAACGUUUAUCUGUGUAAAUGAGCAUCUUAAUAGCGACACAUACAUGUAAAUCAUCAUUAGAGAUUUUUAGUUAAUUAUUCGCCGUAUUGCUCAUCUAGCCACGCUGACUCGAUGAUUCGGAGCUUGAUUUGUUUGGUCUGGGUAAAACGCGGCUUGUUUGACGGAUGGGAAGUGCUUCAACAUGAAGGAGUUUCACUUGUUUACUUCUAAAACAAAGAACAAACUGCACCAAAUUCAAACAUUUUCUCGACGUUUUCCAGAAUAAUGGCUUCUGUAAUGGAGGAUCCCACCCUUGAGAGACAUUUUAAAGGCCACAAAGAUGUUGUUUCCUGCGCUGACUUCAGCCCCAAUAAUAAACAGCUGGCUACUGGAUCCUGUGACAAGAAUCUUAUGAUCUGGAACCUCGCUCCUAAAGCAAGGGCGUUUAGGUUUGUGGGUCACACAGAUGUCAUUACAGGUGUUAAUUUUUCUCCAAGCGGAUCUUUGGUGGCAUCUUCAUCCAGAGAUCAGACAGUUCGACUUUGGACGCCCAGCAUAAAGGGUGAGUCGACUGUGUUCAAAGCUCACACAGCGAGCGUUCGAAGCGUUCAUUUCUCCAGCGAUGGCCAAAGGCUGGUCACGGCUUCAGAUGACAAGUCUGUGAAAGUGUGGGGUGUCGAACGCAAGAAAUUCCUUUAUUCUCUCAACCGACACACCAACUGGGUGCGCUGUGCGAGGUUUUCACCAGAUGGUCGUCUCGUUGCUUCCUGUGGCGAUGACAGGACGGUUCGCCUCUGGGAUACAUCUGCACGUCAGUGCAUAAACAUUUUCACAGACUACGGCGGGUCAGCGACAUUUGUGGACUUCAAUUCCAGUGGCACGUGCAUUGCAUCAUCAGGAGCAGACAACACAUUAAAAAUCUGGGAUAUUCGUACAAACAAGUUGAUACAACAUUACAAAGUUCAUAGUGCAGGGGUCAACUGCUUUUCCUUCCAUCCAUCCGGAAACUAUCUGAUCAGUGGUUCGAGUGACAAUACAAUGAAGAUCUUGGACCUGCUGGAGGGGAGGCUCAUCUACACCCUUCACGGCCACAAGGGUCCAGUGUUGGCUGUGACGUUUUCUCGAGACGGAGAUCUGUUUGCUUCAGGAGGUGCUGACUCUCAGGUUCUGAUGUGGAAGACCAACUUUGAUUCACUGAACUACAGAGAGCUGUUGAGCAGGCAUAGCAAGCGAGUCACUCCAGAUCCCCCUCCACACCUGAUGGACAUUUACCCUCGAUUGCCUCACCGACACUUUGCUCAGAAUGGCACAGUAGAGAUUAACCCCAUUGUGGCUGAUACUCAGUCUGGUGACCCUCAGGUGGUUGAAGUGGGACGUGUUCUUUUCUCCACAGCGGAUGUAAGAAGCCAUGAUGUUAGGACAAGCAGCAGAGAUCAGCCCAUCUCAGGUAGUGACUCAGGUCGAGCUCGGACUCAUACGCGACACAGAGAUGAGGAGGAUGAAGAAAGGUUUCCUGGUGGCAGGACAACAUCUGCAGCGGAGCACUUGGGUAUCCCAUCAAGCCUUACUAGCACUCUUGAGAACAUUGUGCAACAGUUGGACAUCCUGACCCAGACCGUUGCUGUCCUCGAGGAGCGUCUUACACUGACCGAAGACAAACUGAGGACAUGCCUGGACAACCAGGUCCUGCUUAUGCAACAGACACAACAAGUGGACCGAUCUGACGAGGAAACAGAGGGAUCAUCUGUGUGAGGGAUACCCAACCCCAGUGGUCCUCACUUCAAUGCUGGAGGAGGAAAUGUGGGAACAGGCUGUCCCUGCUGCUGAUAAGGACGUACGGAACUUCCCACCUUCCACAUAUGGGACCGGUCCUUUAACUGGAAAGAGGUGCUGCCAGGGGUCAUUGCAAAAUCUAGAACAUCCGUCCUGUCUCCCCACAACCUGUUUGAGAAAUCUGACCUUGUCAAAAUGUAUUUACUUUGUACUGUACAAAUGAAAAGAGAAACAGAACUUCCUGUGGGAAAAUAUCAUUUUUAAUUAUAUCCCUAUCCAACGUGAUCUCAUUAGUAAUACUAGGUAUUACUAGUAGAUUUGCAUAUGGUAUGUUUCAGCAUAUUUAUUGUAAACGUUAUAUAUGAAUGCCUAUAAAUACUAAUGAGAUUAGACUGACAAAUCAUAAAAAAAAUAAUAUUGGGAUAAUGGUUGUUUUUGUCCUCACUAUAAAUUGCAUAUGUUAUUUAUUUACUAAAUUAUUCAGUAAAAAGUGUGACAACUAGCCCCGGUCUUUAUUUGUUACAAAGCCAGCGUAUGCGUAAUGCGUAUGUUCUUAUGUGUAGGACAGAGUUUGUCUGCUCGAGUGUCCAUGUGCCUGUCCAGUCAUGUGCCACUCGUACAUCCAGACUCCAUCUCCGCAUCUCAAUCCUGAUGGCUUUUCCUUAAGCAAGACUACUUUCAGCCUAUUCCCUUGAUGCCUCCUGACAGAGAGCUGGCAGGUAGAGACAUCUGUGUAAUCUUCCUUCUCUACGCCCUCUCUUGUUUUUUGAGUCUCUAGCCGGGUGGACUGGGUCUGAAUGAACCUGCAUUGUUUGUCAAUACAUCCUUAAGGAGUGUAUGUGGCGGUGAGACUCAUUGUCCUCCGUGGCUCAGCUUUCAAUCUGGCCUGAUUGGAUUGGCUGCAUGACAGAGUUUCACUUCAGCUUGUUGAGAAAGUUAGGUCAAGUUAGGCUCCUGCUCUGAACUCCAAGAGCCUUUUGUGCUUAGGAGAGCACUCUGAAGCAAAUGUGGACACACAUUUUUGGGUUUAUCAACUUUUUUUAUAUAUAUCUCUGUGGAAUAAUAAUCUCAUGAAUAAGUGGUUAUCUAAAACAUACUAAAUCUACAAUUUAGAUGUGGAAAGAUAGAGUAACUGUCAAGAAAAUUGUCACAAUGCAACAAAUAAGCUA